GGCUCAAGAUUGACUAAGCCUUCCGUCCUUCCAAGAUGGAUCUGCUCAAAGGGAGGAACGAGGAGAUGAAACCAGACCCCUUCCUGCGCAAGAGCCCCUCCCUCGAAUCGCUAAGCAAGCCCCCCACCCUGGCCUUCGCUGGAAGGAUGUUCACCUCCACGCCCAGUGGCUUAAAACCGCCCAGCAAACUCAGUGUGGAAAGGAAGGAUCCGUUGGCUGCGUUGGCGAGGGAGUAUGGCGGCUCGAAACGCAACGCGCUCCUGAAGUGGUGUCAGAAGAAAACCGAGGGGUACCCA